CAACCGCUUUGCCUUUAGGAGUUUCCGAACAAAAGAGCUGACAAAAACUGCUUCCUUCUUGUUUAUGUUUUUGUUGGGUCUCAGAUAUUUUCAUUGUUAGCAAAAAUUUGUCAAAGAAGAAAGGAACCUGACAAAAUCGCCUCCUUGGAGUUUCAGAUACAAAUAACCAAUCAGAAACAUUAGAUUUUUUUUUUUUUUUCUUGUUUUGUUUCCAACUUUCCAGGUGUUUUCUUCGUUCACAUGUUCUGGUGGUUACAGAAUUGAUCGAAUAGAAUUCUGGUGAUUUGGGCUUGUUUUCUUUUGGAUGCUCAUUUCCGAUAGGUGAAAGAUAGAACAUUUACUACAGAACAAUUAUAUGAAGGCAGCUGCAUAGUUUGGUGUUUUGAUUGCAUUUUCGUGAUUUCUCGGAUACCCGAAUUGCGAAAUUGCCUCCGAGCCCGGAAUGGAACAAUUCCGGCAUAUUGGAGAGGUUCUGGGAAGUUUGAAGGCUCUAAUGGUGUUGCAAGAAGACAUUCAAUUCAAUCAUUGCCAGUGUUAUAUGCUGCUUGACAUUUUCUGUUUGGCAUUCGACACGAUUGCGGAGGAGAUAAGGCAGAACCUGAAGUUGGAAGAGAAGAACAAGAAAUGGAAAGCCCUUGAGCAGCCUUUGAGAGAGCUCUACAGGGUUUUCAAAGAAGGGGAGCUAUACAUCAAGCAUUGCUUGGAUGCAAAGGAUUGGUGGGGAAAAGCAAUCAGUCUCCAUCGGAACAAAGACUCUGUUGAGUUUCACAUCCACAACUUGUUCUGCUACUUCCCGGCCGUAAUCGAGGCAAUCGAGAAUGCCGGAGAGAUUGCGGGACUCGAUGAGGGUGAGAUGCAAAAGAGGAGAGUCGUGCUCACAAAGAAGUACGCUAAGGAGUGGAAUGAUCUGCAGCUUUUCCAGUGGAAAUUUGGGAAGCAGUAUUUGGUGGCUCGAGGAAUUGUCAACCGUUUGGAUAGUGCUUGGAGGGAAGAUAGAUGGAGGCUUAUUGAAUCACUCAAGGAGAAGAGAAGUUCUGUGUCAGCUGAAUUGACAAAAAAUGAACACCGGCUUGGAGACUUGCUGCUGAAGAAACUAAAUGGGCCUGAGCAAUUCAACGGGAAACUCUUCCCAAGUUCAAUUUUGUUAGGAGGAAAGGAUUACCAUGUUCGGCGCCGGUUAGGUGGAGGAGGCCAGUAUAAGGAGAUUCAAUGGCUGGGGGAAAGCUUUGUUUUGAGGCACUUCUAUGGAGAGGUUGAGUCUUUGAGUUCUGAGAUUUCCAAUCUCCUUUCGCUUUCCCACCCCAACAUAUUGCAAUACCUUUGUGGCUUUUAUGACGAGGAGAAGAAAGAAUGCUUGCUUGUGAUGGAGUUGAUGAGCAAGGAUGUUUGCUCCUACUUGAAGGAGAAUUGUGGCUCAAGGAGAAAGAUUCUGUUCUCUCUCUCUGUUGUUGUUGAUAUCAUGCUUCAGAUUGCAAGAGGCAUGGAGUAUCUCCACUCUAGGAAGAUCUUUCAUGGAGAUCUGAACCCUUCUAAUGUUCUUCUCAAAGCAAGGAACUCCACUGAAGGUUAUUUUCUAGCAAAAGUCUCUGGUUUUGGUCUGUCGUCAGUCAAGAGUAGUCCUACUUUUCGAAACUCACCAAAACAAAACACAGAACAGAAUUCAACAAACCCAUUUAUUUGGCAUGCGCCUGAAGUUCUGGCUGAGCAAGAGCAGCCAGGAAGUGCCUCUGCUUCCAAAUACACUGAGAAAGCAGAUGUCUACAGCUUUGGGAUGCUUUGCUUUGAGCUCUUGACAGGGAAAGUUCCUUUUGAAGACAGCCAUCUUCAAGGAGAGAAGAUGAGUCGAAAUAUCAGAGCAGGGGAAAGACCUCUCUUCCCAAUCCCAGCACCUAAAUACCUUGUCAACUUGACCAAGAAAUGCUGGCAAACUGACCCAUCUCAGCGCCCAACUUUCUCAUCCAUUUGCAGGAUUUUACGCUACAUUAAGAAAUUCCUUGCCAUGAACCCUGACAAUGGCCAGCCUGAUGAUCUUCAAUCACCUUCUGUAGACUUUUGUGACAUAGAGGCCUUGUUCGUGAAGAAAUUUCCUGCAGAGGGGGAUGGUGAUCUUGCCUCAGUAUCUCAAAUUCCGUUUGAGAUGUUUGCUUAUAAACUAGCCGAGAAGGAUAAGACUUGCAUGAGCAUUGAAGACAAGUGUUGGGUUCCAGCAAGUGAUGCAGCCUCCAUUAGCAGAGAUGAUAACUUGUCUGAAGUGGAUGAUCAAUUGAUACCAGCUAGCGAUGCAGGUUCAAUCUUUUUCGAUGAGAUGUCAAUUUGUUCCGAGGCUCCAUUGAAGAAAAAUCUAACCCCAAAGAAACGUCCAGAUCUAAAGAUGAGAAAAAAUGCCCCAGGAACAGCAAAAGCACAAUCACCAAGAUCUUCACAAGCACAAUCCCCAUUGAGAAAAUGUGGUCACAGUUUGAAGACGAGCAGAGGUAGUAAGACACCAUUGAGUCCUGUGCACCCAAGUAUAGGAAGGAGGACACCGUUGGCUAUGAGUCCCGCGCACCCAAGUAUAGGAAAGAGGGCACUGUUGACUAUGAGUCCUGUGCACCCCAGUAUGGAAAGGAAUGGCUCAGAUUCUGCUGUCUUGCAGGGGCCUCAACUAAACUGAAACAGAGUUGUUAGCGUUUCAUAGAACUCUUGCCCCAAAAACGUGGGACUUUCAAGAUAAUUUUGCAUAUAUCUCACGUUUUGUUCUACUUCAGAAAGAACAUGUAGUGUUGAUUCAAAAGAUUAGGGACAGUAAAUCUUACACGCUUGACUCUGUAUCCAGAAAAGUUCCUCUGUUAUAGGACUAUAGAUUUCAUGUUGCUAAUCUUGUUUAUCAUUACACACUUGCCAUGGAAUCUAUAUAUUCGGUUUCUUUUUUAA